UCCUUUUAGGUGGUGACAGCCAUUUAAAGACAAGUUCUGUAUGCUCAGUGUGGCUCAUUGCUGCCAAGGUGGUUUUGCUUCUAGGCCUUUGCAGUGGGAAGAGCUAUGAAAUAUGUUUUUUCUAUAUUCACAUCUAUGCAUCUACCUAUCUUUCCUUCCUUAACUGAAAAAAUGCCUCCAGAAAAUGUUAAGACUGGAUCUAAGCCUUUAUUAGUCAUUUUAUUAUUAACUCUCUUGGAGUUAAAAUAUGUAAGCUUCAGGAAUACGGAGUUGGUCAGGAAUAGGCCAGAUGCUAGACCAUGUCAUAUCACAAUUGUCCACUGUAAGAGCUAAUAUUUAUUAAACACUUAUGUGUGCCAGGCUUAGUGCUUUAUAUGCUUUUAUGAUCUUCAAUCCUUAUAAUUAUGAGGCAUAUACUUUGUUAUUCUGUUUUACAGAUGAGCAAACCAAGGCUCACAGAGACUGGUGACUUGCUGAAGACCACGGCACAGUGAAUAAAUGGCAGAAGCAGGACUAGAGCUUGGUCUGUGUGACCCUGGAGUCUGCGCUCCAGUACCACUGCUGCACUCCACCCACAGGAUGGAAACUGAAUACCUGAAGAGGUGCCUUGGAAAUUGCCUUGCUCAGGCACUGGCAGAGGUGGUGAAGGUUCGGCCCAGCGACCCCACAGAGUACCUGGCUCACUGGCUUCAUCAUUACAGGAAAGUCACUCAAGCAAAAGAAGAGGGUCAGCAGGAGAAGACCCAGCUGAAGGAGGAGUACGGCAAUAGCCUGAAGGAAGCCCACAUGACAGAAAUGCUGAAGCAGGAGGAGUGUCACAUUCAACAGGAGCAUGAGAAGUGUCAGCAGCCACUGGCAUCUGUAGCUAGUUCCACAAAGGAGACCAUAUUCAUGCAGGAGAACACAGAGCCCCAUGAAAAGGAGGUCUUGAAGCAGGAAUGCGUGCCAGGUGCUUCCAGUACGAUUCCGGGAAGGGUGCCUCAACAGGUUCCUCCUCCUGACCCAUCUGGCGAGACUGACUGGAAUGCCGAAAUUCCACAAGAGAUAAAUUACUAGGCUUUUCAGCUUGACGUACUUCCAAAACACAUCUUGGCUCCAAAUCUCCUUCUUAGGUUAUCAGAAGGUAGAUAAUCCUAAUGAUGCUUCCCUCAAAGCUGCAAGCCGAGAAAAUAGCCAUCUGGAAGAGCUCUUACCUAACAAUGAUACUAUGUGGAUUAGACCAAUAUUUGAGGGGCUGUGGGAGGAGGUGUCUGCAGGGACUGCCAGGCCAGCUCCUAUUGUGAUAGCCACGAAAAUUCCUUAAUCAUGUGAAAAUUUGAACUAGUUAUGGGAUAAAAUAAUCUCAUAAUAAGGAUUUAAAGUAAGUAACUGAACUGAUGAGAUGUUUGCCUCUCGUGUGAUCAUUUGUUUGGAGAUGAGUGAAAACACAGCUGUCUCAUGUGUUCAUGUGUUCACUUUACUAAACUUUGCCCUCAGGCCCCACAGAGUGUUACACAUGUCCUGGAGUGUACCUGUGUCACUAACAACACGUGCUUUAAAACAGUUGCAGUGUCAAUAAAACUCAAAGGUUUGAACACUUUAAAAA